AUGUUGCACAAGCGACUCAUAUCACCUAUUUGGCACUUGCCGACUGAAGUCUUAUCCCAUAUUUUCGUUCACUGUCUCCCAGAAGACAAGUACUUGUCGCCUGCAUCGAAGCUGGCCCCCGUUCUGUUGACCAGAAUAUGUCGACGAUGGAGGGAGAUUGCUGUGGGUACGCCUAGUUUGUGGGACAGGCUAGGUGUGCCAUACGACCUCAGAAGAAAGCGGGAACUUCCCUUUUGCCUUGACAUAUGGCUCAAGCGCUCACGAGGACGUCUGCUCUCAUUGGCGCUCACCUGUUGCUUUAGCUCGAUCACGAUCGAGCUACGACGCCUCCUCCAACCUUACAUACAUCGAAUCUCAUCAUUCUCUAUCUGUUGUCGCGUGAUUUCUGACAAAUUUGACCCCUUAUUGGAAGGCCUCACCGCACUCCAGGAGCUAAUAGUCAAUAGGCCGCUUACUGAACAAUGUUUCUCACUACUGCCACCCACUCUGCGCAGUUUCAGGGUCACAUCACCAUAUUCUGAGCUCGAGUUCUUUCCUUCGUGUGAGCCCGUAUGGGCUAACCUGACAAAUGUCGAGAUCCCUAUACAUCGCCCGGAUACGAUCCUCCGCUUGCUGCAGCUAUGUCCCAACCUCUGCUCCUUAACGAUCCGCCCAAGAUUCGAUAGAACUGAAAUCUUUCAACCACUCGUGCAUAUCCGAAUUCAAUCCCUGCACAUCAUCGUCGACAUCAUUCAACACCCACAUCAUCUACUCAGCGAUAUUGAAUACUCAACCCCAAACCCUUUACCUGGCCUUCUCAAUGCUCUCUCACUCCCGAGUUUACGCAGAAUUGAAAUUCACGGUGUGCCAUGGCCUCAUCAGGAGUUCAAGUCAUUCCUGACACGAUCAAAUUGUCCCCUGGAGACGGUGAUUUUGGGCACUGAAGCGAUGAUGAGACGCAAGCAGCGAGCGGAGUGCAUUGCUCUUAUUCCUUCUCUUGAAGUUCAAGUUGUAGUAUCACAAUCUGAAGAGUCUUGA